AUGGCCGCCGGCCGCGUCGACGGCCGCGUCAGCGGGCUCCACAGAGGCUCGAAUCUCACGGUGAACACCGGGGGACGAUCCUCCCCCGGAGGCGCGAGCGCGAAGCCGACGACGUUCGACGAGUUGAACCGAAUCCUCUCAAGCCGCGGGAGCUCGCUGUCCACGCGCAUCAACAGCGUGCUGCAAGUCCUCGACGACAACCGCGACAACCUCCGCGGGUUCUUCAGCAACUGCUACCAGACGUUGUUGUGGCAGAUCUUCAACUUCGACGACGGCGCGAGCGGAUGGCUCCAGUCCGUGUCGAGUGGGAGCGAGCGCGAGGCGUCGAUCUUGCUCGACUUUUUGUCCCCGAAGGGUGCGCUGAUGAAAGCCGUCUUCGCCGCGGACGCGGACGGUCUCAUGCAGUUCGCGUUCCCGAUCGAGCGCCUCCCGGAACGCACGCAACGACUCCUGCGAACGAACCCGGCGGGCUUAAACGCGAAGCCGCCGUAUCGAGGGUGCGUGCAACGCGACGCGCAAGGACGCUUCGCCGUGCACUUAGGUUUGUAUCACUACUUCCUGUUCUGGUCCGCGUACUACGCCUGCUCAGAGGCGCGAGGGACCGGGCGACGGUACUCGCGCUCGCCGGCGAGGAACCAGUGGCGCGUCGCCGACGCGGCCGCGAUGCUCGGGGGUUUAUACCACGGCGGGGACUCCAGGCGCGUGCAUCCGUAUCGCGAACUCUUGCUGUCGCACCUCCGCUGCUUCCUCCCGCGAGGCGGCGCGGGCGCGGGGAACGGGUCGUGGGGGAACGGCAACGUCGGCGCGUGGACGCGCGCGUCGGAGGCGAACUACCGCGGCUCCGGGAGCGUGAGCCAAGGCGAGAUGCUCGUCAGCAUAUUCAUCGAGUUCUGGUUGCCCGACGGCGACGUCGCGAAUGAUUCCGCGAGCGUCGGCGGCGUCGGCGCGCGAUCGCCGUUCACCCCCGGCGGUCUGCAGCGCGGCGGCGGCAGCGCGGGAUCGAUGAACGCUGGGUUCUACGGCGUCGUCGCGUCGUCCAUGCAGCGGCAGUACACGUAUAACCCUCCGAACGAGGAUUUGAUAAACGCCGUCGUGUUGCUCGCGACGUAUUUGUUCGCGGACGCAUCGCCGACCGCCGGCGGAGGACGAGGGACGCCGAGCGCGGCGACGCCGCCGAGGGACGCGCUGGAAGGGAUGUCUCCGAGAUCCCCGAGGUCAAUAUCGAAGCAGCAGCUCACGCCCGGGAGCGCGUCGAUGCGCACGCCGCCGUUAUCGUCGCCCGCGGGCGUGGGGGCGACGCAAGACGCGCGCGAGGAAGUCGAACGCGCGAAGGAGAUGCUCCUCAAGCCUCUGUACACGUUCCUGCGCGACGCAUUCACGCACUGGCCCGCGGAGAGCACCGCGAGGCUCGGUCCGUUGCUUAACCUGUGGGUGACGUACCUCACGCCGUGGACGCUGAGCUUCCCUGUGCCGUCGCGAUCGAGAUCCGGCGGAGGCGGUUCGCCGUUGUCGCGCGGGAUCGAAGCCGUCGCCGCGGCGACGUCCGCGGAGAAGAAGUACUCCUCUCCGAGCUUCCUGGGCGACACUUCGCCUUUGAACGUGUCCACGUCAUCUGGCGGCGGCAGAAGAGGGCAACCGACGAAGCGCGCGAUCGACGUCGAUCACGUCCUGCACAACAUCCCGUUCUACAACGAGCUCAUGAAGCACUUCCUAGAGCUCUGUUGCAAACGCGUCCCCGUCGACGCGGAGGGCACCGCGACGGCGCUGCUCAGCGUCCUCCAGGCGUUCGCGUCGUGUCCGGAGGUUCUGCAGCUGAUCGAUGACUUCGAGGAAGCGUACAACGCUUUCGUCGUCCGCGAUCCGUUCUCGCCCGCGGCGACGAACGCGGAGCCGCCGCCGCCGACGCCGUACGACGCGUUUUAUCCGUACGUCAAGAGUCAACUCCUCGAGAUGGAUCCCCCGGAGCAGACGCCGGACGCGGUCGGGGCGAUGUCCCCGAGCCCGAUCGCGACGCGCGCGGGGAUGCGCAGUCCGAUGUACGGCGCCGCGGCGAACGCGAAUCCCGCGGUCGUUCCGAAGCUGUCGAUGUUCGCGCUCGACCAGGAAGGGCUGCCGCAAGUCGCGCUCGCGCUGUUGCAUCGCCUGGACCGCGACGUCGCCGCGCUCGGUCCGAACCACCCGCUGCGGUCGAGACUUCCGAGGCUGAGGAAGGCGGCGUUUAAGGUGUUUCGUCUCGAGCGUCUGGGCGAGUCCGCGACGAUGUCGCCGAGCCCGGGGGCGCACGCGGACGGAUCCGCGAAAGCCUCGGACGGCGCGGGCGGGGUUCGGUCGAGGAGGGGAGGCAUCGGUUUUCAACGCGCGUCUUUCGACAAAGGCGCGCGCGCUUUGUACACCGGUGACUGGAACACGAGACCGAUCACGAACCUGGAAUUUCCACCGCUGGCUCGGCUUUUGAUCGCGAUUUCAGAAAAUUUGAACGAUGCUCUGGCGCUCACUGGCGAUCAACGGAUUCAGCUUCGAAUUUUGUCGGAGUACGGAACCUUGCUCGCGAUUUCGAUUAUCGUGGCUUUCUUUUGGAUUUUGUUCUUCUGAGCGGGGAGGAGCUCUUUCUUUGAAAAUUUAGCUAAAAUAGCUUCUAGGCUAAGGAAUGAAAAAUGUUUAGAACAACUCGAAGAGCACUAACGCGAUCGAGAAUAAAAUACCCGCGAGCACGGAGACACGCGCGGCUCCGUCCUCGCAAACCCCGCACAAACCGGACCGGUAACAGAGUUCGAAACCGAGGUUUUUAUCGUGAUAACUGCACCAGCCGGAUGGUUCCUGAAUAGCGAGAAAAUUCUCGGCGCACUCCGCGGCGUUUAUUUCGUUUAAUUCCUCGUCGAGAACCUCGAAACCACUCCCGUCGUCGAUCAUUAUUUUCGUGUGCCACCGAUUACACUCGCAGUACGGCGAGACUUCGAUUUCCGGACUGUAAACGCACGUUCCGUUCCCAGAACAAGGGCGCUUCAAAUUAUCCCAAGGACACAUAUGUUGGCACCUUUCGCCGAACCAAAAUUCGUCGCACAGACAACCAGCACUUCCGGUAGCGCAAGUCCCGUGCCCAGAACAAAGCUCGCCAACGAUUGCACCAUCGACGCUUUCUUCGUAAACGCUGUCUGGGAAUUUCGCUGAGUUGUGGUUCUCCAAAAUAAGUGCGAGAUCCUCAGCCGUUCCAACUGGGCAAGCAAAUUCACAAGCGAGGCCAGAAGUACCAAAAGGACAAUCAC